AUGGGCGGACUAAGUCAUCGGUCCGCGAACAGGUGGGACGGAGCAUCGGUCCGCGAAACGGGACUGCAGAAUGGCCCGCGAGUGGGUGGAGCAUUCCAGAAGCCCCCCGCAUGGGCGGGACAACUCAUCGGUCCGCGAACAGGUGGAACGGAGCAUCAGUCCGCGGAACGCGACUGCAGAAUGGCCCGCGAGCGAGUAGUGUGUCAUAGGCCCGCAGAACGGGACUUCAGAGUGGCCUGCGGAUGUGGGAACGUGCCAUCAGCCCGAGGAAUGUCGCCAAUUAGGCGGUAUGGAACUUCGAUCAGUGAGAUUAGUAAUAUGAUGCUUAGGCACUGCGAACAUCGUGGUGUGGGGACAAAUUCUCUGGUUAAGGCACCGGAGCCUUUCAUGAAACGUUCAAUUGACUGA